AUGAAGAAAAUGAUUGUGGAAAAGCAGGCAAGACAUCUGUAUAUUUGUGACUUCCACAAAAACUUAAUUCAGAGUGUGAGAAAUAGAAGAAAGAGGAAAGGCAGCGAUGAUGAUGGCGACUCACCAGUGCAAGACAUCGACACUCCAGAGGUUGAUUUAUAUCAGUUACAAGUAAACACACUUCGAAGGUACAAAAGACACUUCAAGCUACAGACCAGACCGGGACUUAACAAAGCACAGCUCGUUGAAAUAAUUGGCUGCCAUUUUAGGACAAUUCCAGUGAAUGAAAAGGACACCUUAACAUAUUUCAUCUACUCUGUGAAGAAUGACAAGAACAAACCAGAUCUAAAGAUGGAUAGUGGGGUUCAUUAGACAGAAAAAGUUGGGACUGAGACUCAGGCUGCAAAUCAAAAGACUGAGGGUUUUUGUUGAUAUGCAAAAGCUUUCUUUGUAACUUUUUUUUCCUCCAGAGAGUUUGUCUCUUAUUUUUCAUAAUCUUGCUGAUUUGUUUGAAAAAACAUCUCUUAUGAAACAA